AGCUGACCGCGACGCAGGUGGACCAUGUGGACCCUGGUGAGCUGGGUGGCCUUGGUGACAGGGCUGGUGGCUGGAACACAGUGCCCGGAUGGUCAGCUCUGCCCCGUGGCCUGCUGCCUGGACCCGGGAGGAGCCAGCUACAGCUGCUGCAAUCCCGUUCCGGACAAGUGGCCCAAGGCACUGAGCCAGCAUCUGGGCGUACCCUGCAAGACUAAAGCCCAGUGCCCUCCUGGCCACUCCUGCAUCCUCACCACCAAUGAGACCUCCAACUGCUGCCCGUUCCCAGAGGCCGUGUCAUGCAGGGAUGGCCUCCACUGCUGCCCGCAGGGCUUCCACUGCAGUGCUGAUGGGUGGUCCUGCCUCCGAAGACCAGAUACCAAGCCCUCGGAUGACAUCCUGUGCCCCAACAGCCAGUUCCAUUGCCCCAACUCCUCCACGUGCUGCACUAUGCUUGACGGCUCCUGGGGCUGCUGCCCCAUGCCCCAGGCUUCCUGCUGUGGAGACAAGGUGCACUGCUGCCCCCACGGCACCUCCUGUGACCUGGCCCAUUCCCGCUGCCUCACAGUGACCAACACCCACCCCAUGGCAAAGAUCCCUUCACAAGAGACUAUAAAGACAGCCGUCCAGUGCCCAGAUGCAGAGUCCCAGUGCCACAAUAAUUCCACCUGCUGCAAGCUGUCCAGUGGAAAGUAUGGCUGCUGCCCGUUGCCCAAUGCCACCUGCUGCUCCGAUCACAUACACUGCUGCCCCCACGGCUUUGUGUGUGACCCGGUCAAGAAGAAGUGCUUCUCCAAGGAGAAUGAAGCCAUAGACUUCUUCACCAAGUUGCCAGCGCACUCAGUGCAGGAGGUGAAGUGUGACACAGAGGUGAGCUGCCCGGACGACUACACCUGCUGCCGCCUGCAGUCCGGAAAAUGGGGCUGCUGCCCUUUUGUCCAGGCUGUCUGCUGUAACGACCACGUACACUGCUGCCCGACCGGAUAUCAGUGUAACAUAGAGAAGGGCACCUGUGACCUGGAGACCCAGUGGGUGCCCUGGAAGGAGAAGAUCCCGGCCAGCCUCAGCCGGCCGGACCUCCUAGCCAUGGAGAGAGAUGUCCCCUGUGAUAACGUCUCCAGCUGUCCCUCCUCCAGUACCUGCUGUCCAGUCACGCCUGGAGAGUGGGGCUGCUGUCCUGCCCCAGAGGCUGUCUGCUGCUCGGACCACCAGUACUGCUGCCCCAAGGGCCACACGUGUGUCGGCAAGGGACACUGUAAGAGGAAGAAGGACAUGGUGACCGGACUGAACAAGAUGCCCACCCGCCGGGCUUCCGCGUCCCAGCCCGGAAACACCACGGGCUGUGACCAGCACACCAGUUGCCCGGUGGGGCAGACCUGCUGCCCGAGCCUGAGCAAGGGCUGGGCCUGCUGCCAGCUGCCCCACGCCGUGUGCUGUGAGGACCGCCAGCACUGCUGCCCGGCUGGCUACACCUGCAACGUGAAGGCCCGAACAUGUGAGAAGGAGGAGGACUCUGCCCUCCCUGCCACCCACCUGGCCCGUGUGGGCGACGUGGCGUGUGGGGAACGGCGCUUCUGCCACAACAACUAUACCUGCUGCCGAGACAGUCUUGGAGGCUGGGCCUGCUGUCCCUACCGCCAGGGCAUCUGUUGUGCAGACGGGCGUCACUGCUGCCCGGCAGGCUUCCGCUGUGGGGCCAGGGGCACCAAGUGCUUGCACAAGGAGGCCCUGCGCUGGGACGCUCCUCUGAGGGACCCGGCUCCAAGACAGCUGCUGUGAGGAGGGCCCGAAGACACUCCGCAGCCCUCGGGACCCUGCUCGGAGGGUGCCCACUGCUCAGGCCUCCCCAGCACCUCUCCCUCACUGAAUUCUCCAGAACCCCCCUUCUGAGUUCCCCCCAUCACCCUAGAAGGUGGGGCCUCAAUUUAAGGUCCUCCCUAUUGGAAGGGGGGGCUGUGGCGAAGGCCACAGUUCAAGCUGCCAUCCCCUCCCCCCGAUUUUAGUGGACCCCGUGGCCAGGUGCUCUUCCCUAUCCACGGGGGGUGGUGUGUGUGCGUGUGUGUGUGUGUGUGUGUGCGCUGCAAUAAAGUUUGUACACUUUC